AUAUAGACUUCUUGAAGAACCGGUUCCAGUGUUAUAGCACUGACUGAUUACCAUCACUACGAUUACUGCCAUCUCUUUCAUCUGAAUACAAAUAUAGUCUAUUUAAUGGUUAUUAACAAUAAUAUUAAUAUUUUAAAUAUAAUAGACUGAAGAAUAUAUUAAAUUAAUGAGGAUUUGGACCAAACUUUUGAUUAUUCAGAUUCUGGUUAUAAUUGUUUUACUCGUUUUAUCCGUUGUAUUGAAUUUUUAUUGUAUUGAAAAUAAUGAAUUAGAGAAGACAUUGAAGAUAAGGGCCGACAGGUUGUCAUUGAAGACACCAUUAGUGCCGACAAUAUAUGUCAUAACUCCUACUUACGAUCGUUUGGUUCAAAAGGCAGAACUCAUCCGAUUAUCAAAUACUCUACUUUUAGUCGAUAAUAUUCAUUGGAUUGUAGUCGAAGACUCACCAUUUAAAACACAACGAGUGACCAAAUUUCUUGAGGAUAUUGAAAAAUAUGGUCACUUGAAAUAUACACAUUUAAAUGUUGUCACACCAACACAGUUUCAAAUGAAGAAAACUGAUCCAAAUUGGCUGAAACCACGGGGUGUUCUCCAAAGAAAUGCUGGCAUCGAUUGGAUUCGAGAAAAUGUCAAAUCUAUUGAUGGCAGAGGUGUUGUCUAUUUUGCCGACGACGACAAUACUUAUGAUUUGAAACUUUUUAGUGAAAUGAGAAAUACCCGUCGAGUCUCUGUAUGGCCAGUGGGUCUCGUUGGAGGACUUAUUGUUGAGACACCGAUUGUUAUCAAUGGAAAGGUUAAUCAUUGGAAUACAAUGUGGAAAAAGGAAAGACAGUUUCCAAUUGAUAUGUCAGGCUUUGCAGUGAAUCUACAGUUACUUUUGGACAAACCUAAUGCUUACUUUACUUUAAAAGCUAGUCGUGGAUAUCAGGAAACACUUUUCAUUCAUCAACUGAUCACUGGUGUCGACCAACUCGAACCUAAAGCCGUCAAUUGCAGUGAAAUCUUAGUUUGGCACACGAGGACAGCCCUACCAGAUCUUAAACAAGAACACAAACUUAACAGUCCUUCUCAUAAGGGAUUUGUAUUUUGA